AACAUCUGCAAUAGAAUCAAACAAAAAGACCAAUGAUGUCAAAAAUAAAGAGAGCACAUCUGGAGACAGCAAUCCUGAUGGCAUUAAUACACCUGACUCAGUUAAAAAUUUAGAAAUGCUAAUAAAAAAAUGCAAUCUGCCAAAACCAAAUUUUCAAGAAGGAUUAGAGAUUAUAAAACAAAAUGUGAAAUUAUCAACAGCUUUUGAAGUGGCUAUAGACUGUGUCAACCAUUUUGAAGCAGACCUUUCUUCAUGGGUAAAUGAUCUUGAAAAAAUAAACAAGAAAUACUUUGAUAUGCAACAUGAGGACAGAUCUAUUUUUGGAGAUUUCCUCUCUGCUACCCAGUUUGGUAAAUUAAGUUUUCUGAAAUACAAAUCUCUCUUGAAAUCAAAUGGCCUUGAACACUUUAACGACAGUCUUGUUUCAUACAAAAUAAAAGAUUCUGAAGCUCAGCAAGUCUUGUUCUAUAUAAGAUUUCACUGGUGGAAUUUUAGUGAUGCCAGUACUAAAUUUUGUAUAAGUUUGGCAAAUGAAGGUGUUUUGAAGGAAUUAGCUCAAGACUUAGUUAACUUGAUUGGCACAGAGGGGAAUAUAUUGGGAAAAUCCCAUUGUUUUGAAUCUGCUAUAGGUGCUCUACACAAUAUGGCAAAAGUUGAAAGUCUGAGGCAACUGUACAGAGAUGCAAAAGUGGUAGAUACCCUGGGCAAUUUUCUUAAUUAUGAAGAUCAGCCAAAGGUCACAAUGUUGGUGCUUAUGACCUUGGCACUAAUAAUUGAUGAAAAUCAAACACACCUCUUGAUAUCCAGGGACAGUGUCUUUGAUCUUAUUUUUGAACUUAUCCAAGAGGCUAUGAAAAGAAGUGAUCAUCGUUAUAGUGGCUUUAGCCUUGAAGAGUUACUGCUAGCAUUAAGCGGCUUAAGUAAAAAUGAUGAAGUCAAAAAAAUUGUGGUACAAAAGGGCAUUCUUGAUCAGGUACAGAAUGUGCUGCUCAGCUGUCAAGGAAAUGAAAUAAUUCAGGCUUUGAAACUGUUAUGGGAACUCUCUUUUGACAAAGACAAUAAAGUAAAAAUUCAGGAAAAUAAAACUCUUUUGAAAUCUGUAAAAGAAUGUGCAAAAAAUGCAGACAAAAGGUUAUCUAGUGCAGCAGAAGGAGUACUCUGGGUUAUUAGGCAAGAUAAACCAGAGAAAAUGGACGCUAAAGAAAUAAAUAAAAAAAAAGGAAGCACAAAAAGUCAAGGUCAUGUUAUGAUAAGUUAUAACUGGGGUGACCAAGCCAAGUUAAUCAAGAUUCGUGAUGUUUUACGAAGCCAUGGUUUUAAGAUAUGGAUGGACAUUGACAACAUCACUGGCUCCUCACUUCAAGCCAUGGCUGAAGCUGUAGAGAAAGCUGAUGUUAUUUUGAUGUGUAUGUCUGAGAAGUAUAAAAACAGCUUAAAUUGCAGAUCAGAGGCAGAAUAUGCAUUCAGUUUGCAUAAAGAUAUUAUUCCUCUUAUGAUGCAAUUGCAAUACACACCAGAUGGUUGGCUAGGUAUAUUGCGUGGAUCAAAAAUUUUCUAUGAUUUUUCAGGUAAAUAUCCUUUUGAUGCAAAAAUGGAUGAACUUAUUCGGGAAAUAGGAGACAGAGGCAAAAUUAGUGCUUAUCAUGAUGUAAUUGUCAAGGAAGAAAUUGCCCAAUUAGGCGCUGUUCUUCCAACCACAUCUAACAGCAUGAACGUAGCUGAGUGGAUAAAAGAAAAUAAUCUUUCAAAAUUCACUUCACUUUCUUCACUUUCAAGUGACCAGUUAGAGUUCCUAAAAAAGAUUUCUGUUCGUGCUCCAGAGUUUUACUACAAUUUUAUGCUGAACUUGUUGACAGGCAAGGUGAAGGCUGACAGCUUGACAUCACUGACUAUUGUUACAAAUGCCAUAGAUAAAAUUAAAAAAUAGCUUUAAAUUAGCCUUUUGCUACUACUGUGAUAACUUCAUUGAAUAUACAUAUGUUAUUUUAUUUGCCAAUACAAACUGAUAUUUGUACUAUAGUAUUUCUGGUAACAAGAUAAUUUUUUUUAAAAUUUGGUAUUAUAUUUCAUAUACUGCACAAAGUGAUAUUCUUAGACAAAUUUAAUAACAGACAAACACAUUUAUUUGACACUUUUAAAUUUAUUAUUUCUAGUUAAUAAAGAUGUGUUUAUUUCAGUGUUACUUUUAUUUUAUCUUCUAAGUCAAAAUAAAGCAAUUUUUUGUUUUAUUGACCAAUCCCAGUAGAGCUGAAAAGCUAUCUGUUUGCUGUUUAAAAUAUUUUGCUCAAAUGUGUACAUUUAAAAAAAGAUUUUAUUAAUUAAAAUUGUAAAUACAAGGCUAUGCCUAUUCAAGCCUUUUUUCUCACCAAGUUAAUAAUUUUUAUUUA